AGGACAAAAAGCGUUCCAUUCCCUUUCGCGGGUAAUGUAGAUUUUUGAUUUUCCCUGAAGACAAGAAAACAAAGCAGUAGUUGCCACAACGAACACUACGUUCGUUUGGAUUGAAAACUACGUUCGUUUGGAUUGAAAAGAACAUCAACAUCCGUACAAAUAGGAGAACAUCACCCGGCCUGCCUGUGAAAACAACGAUCGACACCAUGGUGCUCUGUUGCUGCAAUCCCAAUGCCGACUGGCGGCACCUCUUCCUGGGCGCCUUUGGCUGUUUCCAUAGCGUCUCUGUAUGGGUGAACAACUCUCAAACGUUACAGUGGUCGCUGAUUUUACGUGUUAUUGCUAUGCAGGACCAGCAAAAGGGAAACUGUAACUGGGGAACUUGCGCGCCGUCUUCCUUGCAUGAUCAUAGAUUGGGCACUGAAGUCGGAGUAGGUGACUCCAAUGCUAGUUAGUAGGUGGAGAACUUCUACUUGCCAUGCGAAAUAGCGCGGGCGUGUGAACAAGUGCGACAGUGAUUCUGCAUGACAAGAAAUAAUCAUGUAACAGCGAACAAUGUACCGCUUGAGAGUCCCAUACUCUGUGGCCGGUGCUUUGUUCUCGGUCUUGUGCUUGACCACUGUGAGUUACGCGGUGAUCAUCGAAAAGUUAUCCACGGCAAAUAUGUCAAGGUCUGGUCGCUAGUCCGUCGCAACUCCCGGUGACACCGAAGAAACGAUAACGAAUUCCAGUAACCUGUCCAAGCAUCACAAAUUUUUUGAAGGGUAGUACACACUGCGUACUUACCUGCAUAUGAUAAAUAUAGAAUUCGUGGUCCAUCUGCUUCUGCAUGAUGCAAUUGCAAACCCGCUUCGUGCAUGACAGUUUUCGGCGUCGUUCGAAACGCGCACUAUUUAUACAGAUCCUUGGUCGUAAUAUUCUUUUCCCAGACCCACGUGACGACAUAUUUGCGGUGCAUAAAAGUGGGAACAGUACCACGUCGCGAGUGAACUCAAUCGGUUCUAUCGUAAGAAAAAACUGUUUCACUGUAAACAUAAACUUGUGAUGCAUAGAAGAAUGCAACGCAUACUCAUUUGUCUUGCUACACAUGCAAGACAUUGGGUUUCUCAGCGUGUUUUCCCUUAGGAAGUACGCAUGGUAAGUUUGCUUUGUCAUAUGUAAGGAAGUUGUAAUGCAAAACGUGCAAAAUCCUUACUUUACAGUGAGCCGCUUUUUUCUCACGAUAAGUUCAGCGACACGUGUAAUGCGGCGGAGCUGACGCCCUGGCUCCACGAGGAGGUGCUGUCCAAGCCCAUUGAGAUUCUGCUCCGAGAAAUCACCACAGCACUCAAGUGGGCGGCCUUGCUUUUCCUCGUCAUGACUGUCUGCGCGUUGGUUGGAUCCGCGUCCGCCAAGAUGAAAAAGGCUGCUCCCUUCGUCUUCGUGCUGCUCGUGAUCUACGUAGGGAGUGGGAUCUACGUACAACCAAGUUUAAUUGAUGCAAUUUCAAUUUAUAAAUAUACCAUUGCGCAGCACCUCCUGUUCAUCCGUUCGAUUUUUAACAUCAAAACAAGGUCGUGUAACAGUCGGUGGCACAACUACACGGUCAAAGAUCUUCAAGAAAGUGCAAAAUCGAUUUCGAUGCACAUCUUCCAUAAUGUGGAAUUGCGAUGAAAACAUAGACGAAUCAUGCAGAACCUAAUCUUCUUCUCACCAUCACAGCGCAUCUGGUUUAUAUGGUGUAGAAAAGGACUUCCCUCAUUACCGUCGCUGCUGCUGUCAUGCGCACAUGAAGAAGAAAAGGCAUUAUACUAUCGGGCACGUACGACGAUGCACUGAUGCAAUCCAUCUGGAAAAAAAAGGAAUAGCAAUCAUCUAGCCGUAUUUGAAGAUAGCAAAGGAGCGUACUAGAAUUCGCAGAGAGCGACGGUAUUGUGCUUGGUUUUAUUUUUCUACCUGAUACCAAGGCGUCUCGAUGUUGGACUUCCUUCAAACUUACACGGACUGCCUGGCGGACAACUUCGCGGAAGUUUAUCAGCGAUUUCUCACCGACGUGCUGCUCGUGGAGCUUGCGCCCGACGUGACGAUCACCCCUGAAUAUGCACUGCAGGAAAUAAAGUAUCGUAACUGUACUAAAUUGUAACUCUUACCUGAACCAGCAUAUAGAGGCACGAGCAUCUCCAUGAUUUUCCCUUCUGAAAGCAUUGAUUUAUGUUGCGAUUUAUACGCAGUGCGAUACCUUUGCACUUGAUACCGAAGUUUUCCGUGCGGUUUUGCACAAGCAAACGUCGCAAAUUACGGUCAACCUGUAUCACGUCAGACACGUCGUCGCAAAUAUCGGUGUUUGGGUCGAAAAAAUUAAUUGUAAGCGAUUUCUUGUCAUGCAGGUUUUCAAUCACACACCACAGCACGAUGUCCGCAAUGCAUAGCAGAGCUGCAAUUUUGUUCCAGGUUGAGCGCGACUACUAUUUGAAAAAGAUCAAGAUGCCUAUCCUGCAUAAGAACCCCUCUGUCUCUGCGCGGCACCAGAGCAGAGCCUUUGUUGCUCUACCGUGCUGACAGGUUGGUAUUUUCAUUUGUUUUUGUGAGACAGAUUAUUAUAACCAUAUGUGUGGUGGCGGUGGUUGUCACAAUUUCCAUUUACGUUCCCGACGACCCAAGAAAAACUAAUUCGAUAUAAUUUGCAACGCAUAGCCUGGUCUUUCUGACGCUGUUGGAAAUCUGCCUCUGUUUCGUCCUGGUCGCCGCCCUGUGCUGGAAGCCGCCCAAGGAUGACGACCGGCGCAGGAACAUGGUCCAGGAGCCUAUUGCCGGGCAGGUACGGAUCGCAAAUAUGUCUGGGUCUGGAAACUUGUGAUGCAAGAAAGGGAAUAGUCAGCGCACUGUAAUGCGCUGCCCAGCAUGACAAGUUUUUUCGUGGUUCUGAGUUCCGUACUCCGCAUGAGAAACCGCGUUUUUUCAUGAUAGACAAGAAGAGCUCUUCGCGGCCACGCAAUACAGAGUUCAGAGUCAUGCCACACUAGCAUGACAAAUCUCGCAAUCUCCCAGACCCAGACAUAUUUGCAUUUGAUAGCAGGCGGCGCACGUCAACAGCUAUGGUUCGGCGAGCAACUACCUAUGGAUUGCAAAUAUGUCUGGGUCUGGAAGAAUACAAACUUGUGAUGCGCAUUUCAGCACACAGAGAAAUCUCUCAUGCAUAGGCAGCAAAAGCUGCUCACUUUCUGGAACCAAAAUGGGGGGCUUGUCGUGCGGGUUCGGCAUUGCGAUGCGGAAGCUUCUCGAAACCUGUGAUGCUAGAGCUUCCAUGCCAGACCUUCUGUGUCAUGCAAAAACAGCACGACUCUUCCAGACCCAGACACUUUUGCACUUGAUACUACCAGAACGCGAACGAUUUCCGCCUCUAUCACGUGCAGAGUCAGUGAGGACGACAACAAGUGUCCAUCUUCCUAGGAUAACAAGUAUAAUCAGCCUUCUAUUGGAUUAACUACCGCUCCUACGUGGACUUCGUGAAGUUGUAGGGUGCUUCUCCUCUUAAAACAGUUUCGUGCCAGCAUGCUGUUGAUCUGAAAGCGACCACCCGAAUAUCGAUUCUUGAAAAAAUGCAAUCUCAAGAAUGUUUAUAUGUCUUGGUCUUUCGAGGACUCCCAGUUUUUUAUUCGAGAAUACCACAUUAGUUGUCUAGUGCGAACUAUCUUCAAGGGUAAAAACAAGUAGAAAUUUUCUGCUUCCUCCAGCACCAGCAGCACACGACAAGGAGAGCGAAUGGCUCUGUGACUCUCGUCCCGUAAACGUGCGCUUUCAUAUAGUUUUGUACUUUCUGUUGUAUCCAAACCAUCAAAAUGAAUCCUUGACUGAUAUUUGCCCCGCCCUUGCCGGGGCGAAACCCACAUGACUCCUGAUCUCUAUCGCUUCAAAGGGAACAAGUAGGUACUAACAAGUAGGUGGAGUGACCGAGCAAUUUUCACUUUUGAUUUUGGCCUUUUUGAAGAUGAGUACUUCAUUUCUGGAGGAACGACAAUCAGGCGGCGAUACUGAGUAUUUAUCAGCAAAAGCUUCGUACCAUUUACUUCGUGGUCUUGCUGCACGAGACGAAAGUGGCCGCGUUUUUGAAACAAGGAU